UUUGUGCAGAUUCUAAAUAUUCAUCUAAGAUGUGAAACUGAAACUUGUGUGACUUUUCUAUGUUUCAAUAAAAAUAAUGUGAGUUUAAACUAUAAGAAGACGUGAUAUGCCGCUCAAAAUAGUUUAAGAGGAUUGUUUUAUAUAUUAUCCAGUUAAUCUUCAGAUACGAAAUUGAUAACACAGUUACGAUGUUGAUAAGGUGAUUUCAAGUGCUUGAAUAAAUUUUGGGAAGUUUUUAUUAGUGGAUUUUGAGUCCAUCGAUACGAUCAUAAAGUUUAUAGGUGUCUAUUUAUACGGUUAGUAUUAGCAAAGAGCUCUGUGCAGGCGAUGUUAUGAUAGGUUAGGUGAGUAGUAACAGUGGUGCAAAGUACACGCAAGUCAAAGGUCAAAUUAUACAAAGAUGUCUACAAAAAUUCUUAAGGCGUUGAUACUGGGUGCUCCAGCUUCUGGAAAAGGGACAAUUUCUUCUCGAAUAGUGAAGAGGUAUCCUAUGGUUCAUGUAUCAAGCGGCGACAAAUUGAGAGACCAUAUAGAGAAACAGACCAAACUCGGUAUGGAGGUGAAAAAAUAUUUAAAUGAAGGAAAACUUGUUCCUGAUGAAGUUAUGAUAAAAUUUAUGAUAACUGAACUGAAAAAUGUUACUAAUAAAUCAUGGUUACUAGAUGGUUUCCCAAGGACCAUUGGGCAGGCCAAUGCUUUAUGGAAAGUACAGCCUGUAGAUGUUGUUUUGAAUUUAGUGGUGCCUUUUGAGGUUAUAAUUGACAGAGUAAAGAAUAGAUGGGUGCAUUUACCUUCAGGACGAGUGUACAAUAUAGGAUUUAAUACACCUAAAGUUGAGGGAUUAGAUGAUAUAACUGGUGAAGACUUGGUUCAACGACCUGAUGACAAACCUGAGGCAGUACGACACAGACUGGAGAUUUAUGAAUCUACUACUCGCCCUGUGAUUGACUUCUACAAAAAAAAGGGAAUUUUAUCAAAAUUUGAAGGUCGCACUUCAGAUGAAAUUUGGCCCAAAGUAGUUAAUUUCCUUGACCCAUUGUUUGAAAAUGACAUUAAGUCUUGAGACUGAAACUUUGUAGUUUGAGAUUUUGGUGUUAGUAACAGGGUGCUAGAUUGUAGUUUUAAGAUCGAAUUAUAUCUGUAAGAAAAAUAAGUCAAAAGAAAUGUUAUGUUUGUUGAUUUCAACUGCAAAACCUUUUUUAACCAACUUGAAAAAAUGGAGACUCUUUUCCACAUUUUUUUUGUUUUGUAUAUCAUGUGAUUACUCCAAAAUUUGUGAAUAGAUUUUGGUAACUAUUUUUGUUGGAAAAUGGGUUUAGUGGUUCCAUUUAAAUUUGAAGUAUAUAUUCCACCUCUAAGAGUAGCAAAUCAAGGAUUAAAUCUGGUUUAUUGAAUUUCACCCACUUUCCAUUAAACGAUUUCACUGAAUAUUGGCACAUAAAUGUAAUUCCAACAAAACAUAAAAUAGUGACCUAGAAUUAUCUGUGGUAACAACCAAAGCGGAUAUGCAACGUUUUGAAGUUUUUUUUAUAAAACAAUUGCAACUUGGCAUUAUUAGUGAUUGAUAAUGGUUAUGUAGCUAUACAUAUAAAUAUUUCUUCUAUGUAGCUUUAUGUUCUAAUCUAGUCUUCCAUGAAAAUGUAAUAGAUGGGAUUUAUUUUAAACAAAUAAUUAUAUUUAUAUGUAUACAUAAUUUUAGUGCAUUAGUUACGAGGCUUUCAUGCAUAUCAGAGCACAAUUCAAUGGUCCUUUCUUUAAGUUUUCGAAUUUAUACAUGCAUUUGUGAACUAUUUGAAUCCAAGUCUAUAAAUGCUCAAAAGCCAAUUAUGACAUUUUACCAUGUAGCUGAAUUUUUUAAGCAGUUACAGUUUUUAUACCUAAAAUUAAUGGAUUUUUAUUAUUAUUGUUUGCAAUCCGUUGUAUUUGAUACAUGAAAUAUAGUUAUUAGUGUUAAAUUUGUUUAUUUUUGAAAUGAACGUUAUAUUUAUGAGCGAACUC